AUGCUACAUGUUCUCCAAGGAAGAAAUGAUGCAGUCGACAGCACCGUUCAAAUACUCUCUGGUUUUGAAAUUUCUUCGGUAGAGACCGACAUUAGAUGCUAUACGGAUGUUUAUUUGGCAAAGAUGGGGAUUAAUGGGAAACGUGGUGGUCUCUACCAAGAAGAUUUCAACAAGGCAUUUUCUCGAGAGGCUUGUGAGAUAAAUAGAGUUCCUUAUAGAGCAUUCCAUUGGACGCCGGGAUUCACAGAAGAUGAGGAAAUGCCUUUUGUUCCAGUUUGGGUCAUGCUACUAGGCCUCCCUCCAAACUUCUAUCACGACUCUAUCCUCAAAAUAAUAACGGCACAGAUUGGAAAGUUCAUACGGUCUGAUAACUCCACCAGGUGUGUGACAACAACGGACGGAGCUCGAGUUUGUUUAGAGAUGGAUGCUUCAAUACAACAUUUGGAUUCCUUCUGGAUUGGUGCUCCUGGGACUGGCUUCAAACAGGAGGUAGUAUUUGAGAUGUUGCCGGCAUUUUGCUUAAGUUGUAAGAUGCAGGGUCACAACAAAGCAACCUGUAAAAGAGAGAAAAAGAACCAAGAAUACCAGAAAAGUAACAGCCCGGUGAGGGUUGAAGGGGAAAUCGAAGAGCAGCAGGAAGAAUAG